AUGUAUGAGAAAAAUUGCUCGAGCAUUAAACAGUUGCCUCUCCAAUCAGUCAUCAACAUUAUCGUCAACCCAAGACUCAAGUUCUGUAUCAACAGCACCAAUAACUCGGUACACGGUCUUGACUUUAGUGCUGUGAUAAUCAGUGCAAGAACAUUAAACCGUCGAGCUCAUGCAACCAUAUUAGCACCAAAUGCUAGUUACCGACAAAUUGAACCCGGUACUCAAGAUCCACCCAGAAUCUAUUGUAAUCUUGAUAGAUUAACAUUUUCUUCAUUUUGUAUAUUUCUUUCAUGGAUACUUGGUGUUAAUACUAAUCUUAUAAUCCACGAAUCAAAUGUUUGGAUUCCAAUUUUUAACAACAAUCUAUCAACUCCUUAUUUCUUUGCUGUUGGUGAUAGAUUUUACUUAAUGUCAACUCAAAUUCUCAACACGGACCCUAACGCCGUUGGUGAACGAAGUAGCGCGACUUAUUUCACACCAGCUCAUUCUUACUGUCCGCAAUACGAUCAAUGCCUUUUGCACUUAAAGAGUGGAUCACCAAUGUUCGCAAUCUAUAAUAUGUUCCCCGAAAUUAUGUUUGUGUCUUCUCACACCGAUCCCCCAGUCAACAUACUGCAUCCUUUGAUUCGCUUCAAUAGCUCAUCGCAUGCAAUUGGAUGGGAAAUCAGUUAUCAAUGGGUGGAGCCCCCACUAGGUGUAACUUUAUUUUCUACUGUGCAAUAUUUUGGAGAUUUUAGUUCAAGUUACAAUCAGCAAAUCUUUCGAACAAUCGAACCCACCGUUCGCUCGUUUGAAAUUUUUCACAGUUUCAAAGUCGAUGAAAAAAUUUACGCGUUCGGCAAACUAACAUUGUCUAGCCUUAAUGUAUCGAUUUGCUUUGUCUCUCAGCUAUCAAACAUUAUUAUUAACCAAAACGUUGAUCAUUUUAACUACAAAGAACUUCGUUCGAUUUCGUUUCACCCGAAUUAUGGUGAAAUUCAAAAAGUUCGAUUUGUGAAUUCACCUUCUCUCAUGAGCAAUGCUUCUCUUUCGAGAUUCUCCUCUCUCAUUGCAGUCUCUUACUAUCGUUAUACGAUGAGAGAUCGUAUUGUAGUUAUUCCAUUUAAUUUAAUAAUUAAUGACUUUGAAAGACAAUUGGACGGUUGUGAUACUACAGACAAUUUUUGGGAUCAGAAUAUUUACACUCGGUGCCUUCGUAUAAGAGACGCACAAGUAUGGAUGAUAAGAAGUGAGUUCGCGCAUAUGGUUAUUUUAAAUGUUCUUAAUGGUACUUGGACUCGAAUAAUCGAUUUCGUUCCAUUGGCUCUCGAUGCGACUCCUGGUUAUGUUUUUCUCGUUCUUUCUUCUGACAGUUUCCUAUCCAUAUAUCGAUAUUCAGUCCACUUUUUGGAUGAAAAUUAUGCUGUAACGCACCACCCGAUUGAAAGGGUGUUCAAUCAUCGUAAUAUCGGUAAUGUAAAUCGAGCAGUAUCACAAAUUUAUUACUACGGUAUUAAUCAUCCACGAGUCAUAAUUAAUAUUAAUCAGUAUUCUUACACUGAAUCAAUCAUUUUGUGCCCAUUUCUGCUUAAUUCAUGUCUUGAUUGUUUUACAACACAAGUUUAUGAUCGGAAUGGUUUUUUUUUUCGAUAUUGUCAAUGGCAAGCAAGUUCAUUAACAUCGGGUAUAUGUUCAAUCCCUGAUUCUCAGUCCCCUGAACGCAGAAACGGUACAUUUAUACAAAAUCCAUGUUUUAAUGUAACUAACGUUCGGAUAGUAAACUACAGGCCUAACAGAACGAACUUUAAUUUGACCUUCAAUCUCAUUGGUUUCCAUUCAAGAUAUGCAGAUAUUUUCCCAUUGACUAUUACUUUAGUCCACGUAACAAUACCUUCCAUUAUUAGUCGCUGUUCUCCUUUUCGGUAUGAUGGGUCAACGGUUUAUAUCAACUGUGAUCGAGUGGAUCCUGAUGCAUAUAGAUUACAUAUCGUUAUGCCUAGACGACAAAGUGCUUCAUUAGUAAACGAUAGGAAUGAAAAUUUGUACACUUAUAGUUACAAUUUCAAAACUGAAGGACUCAAUAGACAAGACAAAAAAUCUUCCAGCCAAAGGAUCGCUACUUGA